GUUGGGAGAGGUUGGGGCUCGAUCGGGGGCGACGGCGGACGGUGACAUUGACCUCAGGAGGAGAUUGUUAUGACCGGUGGUCAUUUCAAGUCGAAGGCGUCAUCGGCGAAGGCGUAAACGCUGAGAAGACGUGUACGACUCGGCUGGGUGUAGUUUGCGUGUGUAAGUGGACCCAGGUGGCCGGGUGCGUCUUGGGAGAGUAUAACCCCGUGGAUUUUGUAAUGGGAGGUUUUGAACAAUUUUGAUCAAGGAAAAGAGUAACCAGGGUCCUCUGCCCGGUCCUCAUACCAACCGAUCCUCUCUUGUGCGUGUACUCACGUCGGCAGCGAUUGCCAGCGGCCAUGGGGCAUUACAGAGAUCGCGGCGGUUGAUGAAGAUUAAGGAAGCGAGUGCGUCGUUGGAGGUUCGGAUCCUCAAACUGGAGGAGGAGUAGAGGGCUCUCAUGGAUUGCUGGAAGGAGAGACGGGCUCGACAGAAUCGCGAGUUGGCGGAGGAGGCUCUUAAGUAUGGCGUUAAUGUGGAGGAGACCCAGCUUCCAGGGGCUGGAAAGAAUCGCAAGGCGGCGGAGGAGGUCCAGCCGGCAGGCGCCGCAGAGGAUGGCCAGCCGGCAGGAGCCAGAAAGAAGAGGAAGAAGGUGGUCAAGACGAUCAUGCCGCGGGCGCUCAUCGAAUACAUGAUACUGAAUCCCCACAAUCCCUUCGUUGACUUCCGUGAAGACAAGCUGGGCAAAAGGCCUCAGUGGUUCCGCGAUUUCUAUGACGAACAGAAGGCCAUGGCUGACAACAUCAUGGAGUACCAGCAGAUCCUCAUCAAGCAGUACCGUACCAAGGGGUAUGCGGAGGACUAUACAGAGGUCGAGGUCACCGGCGAGGAGGACUGCACCGACGACAAGGACAACAGGAUCGAGAAGCAAAGGGGUUAUGCAACUAAUCUCUGUGUGUGUUUGCAUGAUCCAACUACCCAAGCCUAAGUUGAGUACUAUCUCAGGUGGGGAUAAUCAUACCCCCGUUGCCUCCCUCAAAAAUAAAGUUUGAGUACUAUCCGUGUGUAAUCCACAAGUGUGCUCAUUACUAGGUGUAAUAAUCAUUUUGGUGUUAUCAUCUCGUACCAGUGAUUCUCAUGUUAUUUAUCGUCCUGAUGUUAUUAUCACAA